AUGGCGCUGCGUCUUUCCACUGCUCCCCUGCGUGUCCCGUUGCCGUCUCCUCCAGAGUCCUCUCUUCCUACUCUUGCUGACCCGGAGUCUGACUCCCUUCGUGCUGCUAGUCCUUCGGUCACGUGUCUCCUUGCUAGAGUUGUCACUGACCCUUCCUUUGAGUCCAUUGUUGCGUCUGCCCUAGUUGCUGAGCUUGUCGACUUCGCUGCUCGCUGUCGUCUAGACUACGCUGCCAGUCUCGUUGCUGAGUCUGAUUCUGUCUGUCCUCCGUCCGUCGGGGGUGAGUGUGCUCUUAGCACGGACGUCCUUGAGGACAAUCAGGAGGAGUUCCAGUGCUUUGCUGCUGCUUUGCCCCAUCUCGUGUCCACGCUGAUUGCCCCUGAGGGAGACCCGGAUGCACCAGACAUCCCGACUCCUCGAUCGUACGCUGAGGCGAUCGAGGGUCCCUACUCCUCUCAGUGGCAGUCAUGGAAGUCCACAGGCACCUACGUCGACGAGGUUCCCCCACCUGGGGCGAACAUCUCAGCGGCAGGGAGUUGA